ACACAAACAAACCCACAGCACUAUAGCUCCUCCCUCCGAAAGAUCGACUCCGACUUCGCAGGCCCCAUCAGCAACUUCUUCUUCUUCAACCCACCACCUCUUGAGCCAUGGACGCCGCCAUUGAUUUGUCUGAUGUCUCCAAGGCAUUGGACCUUGCCAACAUCCGUUUCCAGCUGAUCCGCCUGGAAGACACAAUUACCUUCCACUUGAUCGAGCGAGUCCAAUUCCCGCUCAACAAGACCAUCUAUGUCCCCGGCGGCGUCAAGAUCCCCAACAGCGAGCACAGUCUGAUGGACUACAUGCUCCGCGAACAAGAACGGAUCCAAUCACGAGUCCGCCGCUACCAGUCCCCCGACGAAUACCCCUUCUUCCCCGAUGUCCUCGAGGAUCCAAUCCUGCAGCCGCUGUCCUACCCACACAUUCUGCACGAGAACGACGUAAACGUCAACGACAUUAUCAAGGAGCGCUAUAUCAAGGAGAUUCUGCCUGCAGUCUGCCCACAGUUUGGUGGUCGGGAGGAUCGUGGUGAGACGCAGGAGAACUAUGGAUCAGCCGCGACUUGUGAUGUGGCUUGCUUGCAGGCGCUUUCGCGUCGCAUUCACUUUGGCAAGUUUGUGGCUGAGUCCAAGUUCCAGAAGGAUCCUGAGACUUUUGUGCGCUUGAUUCGUGCGGAGGAUCGGGAGGGUAUUGAUGCUGCUAUUACCAAUGCGCAGGUUGAAAAGAAGGUUUUGGAGCGUCUGGGUCUCAAGGCUAAGACUUAUGGUACCGAUCCUGCUUUCCCGGAUGAGCAGGGUUCGAAGAUCAAUAUCGAUGCGGUGGUGGCCAUGUACAAGGAAUGCGUGAUCCCGCUGACCAAGGUUGUCGAGGUCGAAUACCUUAUGCAGCGUCUGAAGGGCACUCAAUGGGAGUAAAGAGAGGUUAUCAUGAAGUUAUGAACUUUUUAUAUUUUGAAGAUCUCUAUGAACCACAACCGCAUACAGAUGCGCGCGUGGCAAUGGGGUGAUACUAAAGCAGAAAAAAAGAAAAGAAACCAACAGAUAGAAAUAUUUCGUAAA